AUGUCCUCAAACGGCCUGUUUUCCAGCAGGGAGAACGACCAAAAUACAAUGAUUGAAUGCACGAUUACAAGGAAACGGGAAACGUCGUCGUUGAGUCGCGAGGAGCGGCGUCGGCGGCGCCGCGCAACCCAGAAAUACCGGAUGGCUCACGCGACGCGCGAACGCAUCCGCGUCGAGGCGUUCAACGUCGCGUUUACUGAGCUGCGCAAACUGCUGCCCACGCUGCCACCCGACAAGAAACUGUCCAAAAUCGAAAUCCUGCGGCUCGCCAUCUGCUACAUUGCUUAUCUGAACCACGUCCUCGAAGCUUAA